AAGGACGAGUCGACGGAAAAGAGUUUGAAGAAGAAACUAAAAACAUUGGAAUUCAAGAUAAGGAAACUGGAGGAACAGAACAAUGAGAUCAACAUUAAGAUGAGUGCUUUGGAAGAGGAGAACGAAGACUAUAAGCGGACAAACGAGGAGUUCGAGAAAAGCAUCGAUGAAAUCAAACGCAAGCAGUGGUGCACUAAUUGCCUCAAAGAAGCCAUACUGCCGUGUUGUUGGAAUACGUGCUACUGUACGGUCGAGUGUCAGCACAAGCAUUGGAGCCUACAUUCAAAGACAUGCCGUCGACGACAACCCAAAUGAACAUUAUUUUAAACCCUUUUACCGUUCCUCACACUUUGGUUCAAAA